AUGGCAGCAGGCUCCUCGUCCUCCGACGCCCAAUCUCCGCAAAAGGGCAACGGUUCUUCGACGCCAAGCCAGGACGAUUCUCCCCUGGCCGCAAGGGCCAUCGAGUCGGAGCUGGCCAAGGCCUUGAAAGAUCUUGAUAGAGGCGAGAAAGCCGCUUCCUCGCUGGAGGAUGAUCUCUCCAAACUGGAGGCGAGGCUGGAUGAGAUACUAGCUGGUCUCGACCCCGAGGUCAUCAAGGCCAUCGAUGCGACUGAAGCACCACCGCAGACUCAAGAGCCCCAGCCCGACCCCGAGCCCAAGGACGAAGGGAACAAGAAAUAG